AGCAGCAUAGCAGAGAAGAAAGUCAGACACAAGUCACUGCAUCUCUGCCACCAUGGGGAACUGGUUUGUGAAUGAGGGACUGUCCAUCUUUGUCAUCCUGCUAUGGCUGGGAAUUAACGUCUUCCUCUUUGUCUGUUUCUACCAAAAAUAUGAUCGUCCAGACAAGUACUACUACACUCGAAAACUUCUUGGGCCAGCGCUGGCAUUGGCCAGGGCCCCUGCAGCCUGCCUGAAUUUCAAUUGCCUGCUGAUUCUGAUGCCAGUCUGUCGAAAUCUGCUCUCCUUCCUCAGGGGUUCCAGUGUGUGCUGUUCAACAAGAAUUCGAAGACAACUGGACAGGAACCUCACCUUUCAUAAAAUGGUGGCAUGGAUGAUUGCACUUCACACUGCAAUUCACACCAUUGCACAUCUAUUUAAUGUGGAAUGGUGUGUGGAUGCCCGGGUCAACAAAUCCGAUCCGUUUUUAGUAGCACUCUCUGAGAUUGGAGAUAAAGAAGGUGAAACUUACCUCAAUUUUGCUCGAGACAGAAUCAAGAAUCCUGAAGGAGGCCUGUAUGUGGCCGUGACCCGGGUAGCAGGCAUCACUGGAAUUAUCAUCACACUGUGCCUCAUCUUAAUUAUCACCUCCUCCACCAAAACCAUCCGGAGGUCUUACUUUGAAGUGUUUUGGUACACACACCAUCUCUUUGUGAUCUUUUACAUCGGUCUUGUCAUCCAUGGAAUUGAGCGAAUUGUCCGUGGACAGACCGAUGACAGUUUGAAACAUCAUAAUCCAAAAAACUGUGAAAGUAGUAUCUCAACAUGGGGAGAAGCCGGUAAAUGCCCAGUGCCAAAGUUUGAAGGGAACCCUCCUGGGACUUGGAAAUGGGUAGUGGCUCCCAUGGCCCUGUAUGUGUGUGAGAGGCUGGUCCGG